GUUCAAAUAUUUUUCUAUUGUUGGACGCAAAUUUAUGGCUAUUGGAAAUUGAAUAUAAGCGCCUGUUGUCAAUUGCGCGAUAACUUGUUUCAGCAUGAUAAAUUGCAGAAAACUAAGAUUUUUCCAGUGAUGCUACUAUAACCAUAAACACAAUGUGAUAUAGUAUGUACGUGUAUGAUUAACACAAAAAAUGAUUAACAAGAAGAGAUAAAAACACCAACACCACCCCCGUCACCCCCAACAAACAAACACACACACGUAAAUCGAGUGAAACAGUGAUACAGAAAUAAAUAUUCAUCCUGGAUAAAAAUUCAAUCAAAUCGAAUCAAAUCAGAGCAGAUCAAAUCAUAUCACAUCGAAUCGAGUGAAUUAGCGCAUGUCUAAUCAAGGUAUACAUAUAUAAAUACAUUCGCUAUUCAUGUUUGACAAAACACAAUUCACUGACUAACUAACUAAUUGACCAGUUGACAGAAAUUAAAACAAAAUAUAUGGAAAAAUAAAGACGUGAAGACAAGCUACUUUGUUAUCCAUUGUCAGUCUAAUCAACAUUAGAUUACAAUCGUCGUUAUUUGCUAUCGUCAACAUUAUUAUUAUUAUUAUCAUUAUCUAUUGUAAGACAAAUUCAGCAGUCUAUCUGUUCAAUAGAAAUGCAAAUCAAAAAACCACGUAAAAGUCAACAACAGAAUGUCAAUAGUGAAUCGCUAAACGCAUCAACUGGUACUCUCUACUCACUGAUAUCAGCGACACCGAAUUGGACUAGAGAUGCAGUACUCGGUGAGCAUUUAUGGAAUGAUACAACAUCAACUGACACUUGUUAUGUCGAUGAAUCAGAGUGUUGCAAAUCUGGAGCCAAACGAAAGUGUUCCGCUUGUCAGAUUAUUUGUCAUGUGAAUUGUCUUCCAUUGAUUCAGGUGCCUUGUAAACCAACUUUUCGUGAAGCCUAUAUUCGUGACUAUCGUACAGAGAAGACAAAUACAAAACAUCAUUGGAUUAAACGUAAACGUCAAGAUAAUAAAUGUAAACAUUGUGGUAAAUCUAUGCAAUCAAUAUUGGGAUUUUCCUCAAAAGAAUACAUGACAAUUCAGUGUGCAUGGUGUAAAAUAGGCUAUCAUAAUAAGUCUUCGUGUUUUCAUGAAUCUUUACUAUCGUCUGAACCAUGUUCAUUGGGACCACAUUCAGAUCUGAUUGUUCCACCUGAUUGGAUUAUCAAGCUUAGUGAAGGAAAUAAUUUCAAAUCAUCAUCGUCAAUACGUCGAUCGAGUAGUUUUGUAGCAGCAUCAUCUCACUCGCCACAUGAACAUACUAUCAGUAUCCCACAGAUACGUUCAUCAACAUCACGUCCAGAAAAUCUUGACUAUUCAUCUAGUCAAAUUGUUAACAGUCUAUCAGAUCAUAUUACAUCAUCGAUAAGAAUUAAUGAAAAUGGUCAACCAUCUGUAAAAGAUAAUCAUCAUAUGAAUCAUUGUAAUGAUAUUGCGAAAAUCUCUUUUGUUAUCAAAUCGAAUCCAACAAAUGCUGGUAAUCUUAAACCAUUGUUAGUAUUUCUUAAUCCAAAAUCCGGUGGAAAUCAAGCUGUAAUGCUGUUGAAAAAAUUCCAGUGGUUAUUAAAUCCACGUCAAGUAUUUGAUUUAUCACAAGGUGGACCAAAACUUGGCUUGGAAUUAUUCAAUCAUGUCCCGAAUCUACGGAUACUGGUAUGCGGUGGCGAUGGUUCAGUCGGCUGGAUAUUUUCUACAAUCGAUUCUAUGACGUUUAGUACAAUUCCACCAGUUGCUGUUUUACCAUUAGGCACAGGAAAUGAUUUGGCUAGAGCUUUGAAUUGGGGUUCAGGUUACAUAGACGAGUCAAUAUCGAAGAUAUUAACUUCAGUUAACGAAGGUCGAAUUAUUGCAUUAGACAGAUGGCAAGUGAAUUGUGAACCACGUACAGAUCUCCAGACAGUUCAACAAACAGUACCUGAUGCUGAAGAUGAUGACAGUGGUAAAAUACGACCCAUCUCUGAUAGUUUACCAUUGAAAAUUUUUAAUAAUUAUUUUUCACUUGGUGCAGAUGCAGCAACAGCACUGGAAUUUCAUGAAUCUAGAGAAGCUAAUCCCGAAAAAUUCAAUAGUCGUUUGAAGAAUAAACUCUUCUAUGCUGGAUGUGGUGGAAAAGACUUACUUCUUCGAAGUUGGCGUGACCUGUCUGAACACAUCACACUAAUGUGUGACGACGAAGAUUUAACGCCACUUAUUCGUAGUUUAAAACCUCAUUGUAUUUUGUUUCUUAAUAUUCCAAGAUAUGGAUCGGGUACAUUGCCUUGGGGUAAUCCUGCUGCAGAAUUUCAACCUCAAAGAAUUGAUGAUGGCUAUAUUGAAGUUAUUGGUCUUACAUCGACAACACUGGCAACAUUACAAAUAGGCGGUCAUGGUGAACGAAUCUGUCAAUGUCAACGUAUCCGACUAACAACUGAUAAAGUUAUCCCUAUGCAAAUGGAUGGUGAACCAUGUCGUCUUGUACCGGCUAACAUUGAAGUAUUCUGUUCACAUCAAGCUUUAGUAAUACAAAAGUUAACACGUUCUCCAGGAUCUAAUGCAAUAAUGAAUGAUGAUGAAAAUCAACUUCACUGGAAAACUAGUGGUUAUGAAGCAAGAAUAAAUGUAUCCGUUAUUGCAUUGAAAGAUUAUGAAUCUAUGUCUGAUAAUGUAAUCGCCCUACGUCAAACAGCUCUGUCUUUUGGUGUGAUUACGGCAAAAUAUGAUGCAGAUUUAUCAACUAUACGUGAUAGUAUUAUUCAGCUGAAUAACUCUCAGGUGAAAGGAAAAAAUGAAGAUUCUGAUGGUGUGAACUUAACUCAUCAUUCCAGUACAGCAUUACACUUAUCGGAUUCCUGGGGUUUUAUUGAUUCUACUACAGCGGCGUGUCGAUUUUUUCUCAUUGAUAAAGAACAAGAAAAGGUACACUUUAUCACAGAUGUCUGUAAUAUGGAAGAUUUAUUUCUAAUUGACUCACAGUUGGAAUCUCGUCAGGUAAAUCAUCAUACACUGAAUGACAGCCUAUCACCGCAAUAUUCUUCUCAUCAUCACCAACACAACCACCAAGACCACCACCACCACCAACAACAACAGGGACCACCAACUGACGACUGUGAAUCUGUCAAUAAUCAGUCUACCAUAAAUAAUCAGAUAACAGAAACACAGGACAGUGUACUACUCAAAGCAGAAGAAGGCAACACACCCGUAGCCAGUGAAGUUGAACAAGUAGACACCAGUGAGUUGAACAUUAAAUCAAUCAAAAUUAAGGAAGAGUCAAACAUCCAUUCAAAUAUUGAAGAUGGUAAUGAGAACAAUGUCACUUGUGUUCAUGAAAGUAAACCGCAAAAUGACGCUCCAACAUCUGAUACAAAGUCAGAAAAUUUCAUACAAAUUGAUGAAUCAUUGAAGACUAUACCAUACUACUCAUUACUUACUGAUAAUGAGAAAAACACCUCUAAAUGUCAAAAAGAAUCAGAACAACGAAAAGUAAUCUCAUUCAUAGAGGGGAAAGAAAGCGAAGAAGAAGAACAAAAGGAAGAAGAAGAAGGAGGAGGCCCAAGUGUUGCUGACUGCCGAUAUGCUGAAAAGGCGAGCUCUAGUUUUAACACUGAGAGUUGUUCUAGCAGGUAUAGUAGCAGCAGUAGUAGUAGCACUAGUAGUUAUUGUAGUACCAUCAGUAUUUAUAACAAUGGCAGCUUUAACAACAACAUUAACAAUACUAGUCAAGAUGAUAAAACAAGCAUAUCAACAGUGUCGACAAUGACAACGACAAAAAGGUGUACUACUACUACUACUACUACAGAUGAUGAUAUGAUAAGCAAUACAAUGCAUUCAUUGUCUGUACAUGAUGCUGAAAACAAGAAAAGAGUCAGUCUCAAUAAUCAUCGAACCACCAGUCUUUCUGGUAGUGAGAUAAUCAUCAGAACAAAAAAUGAAACAGAAAAGGGAAGAGCAAAAGAAGAGAGAAGAAUGAAGAAUAGUUUUAGCAGUGUUUCAAGUAAACAGACUACUGAAAUACAAAUUGUGUCAACAGAUGAAGAGGAAACUAGACAAGAUAACGGUGAAAAGCAUAAACCUAAGAAAUACUGUCGAAUAAUAAGACGAACAGAAAGUACUCCAAGUGAUUCAGAACAACUACAACGACAUUUAAAUAAAGCUCUUCUUAAUGCCUCGCGUAAAGGUACAACUGAACAUCAUAUUCGAUCCUUAUUGAAAGCUGGAGCUAGUAUACAAGCAAUAGAUAAAUAUGGAAGAUCAUGUUUACAUUUAGCAGCUAAAUUUGGUCGAGAUAAAGUUGUUGAAUACCUUUUAAAGUAUUUUCCAACGGAAUUAUUGGAUCUACAAGAAUAUGAAAAGUAAGUAUACCUCAUUAUAUUUUCCUUCGUUGAACUGUCUGAGUAUAUAUUGCAAUAUGUAAUCCGUUUGAUACACUAUGAAUGAUAGCUGGACUAUGCGCUACAUUAACAGGGUUCCAUAUAAAGUAUCAAGGCGAUUUCAGCACGACUCGGAUAACCAAAACUUGUAAACACCUAGAAGUCUACUUAUCCACUUGACGAGGGAGUGUUGACGAACGAACGGAAUCACAUCAAGUGCUUGCAAACUCUGUUACCUAAAACAAAGAUUUUGCCGGAAAUUUUGGAAAGCGAGAACUGAUUCAACUCUUUGAUGUCGACCACCAAUGGAUUUACUAUCCAGAUCACUUUCAAAAGGGUGAAAAAACUGUCUAGUGUUUAAAUUUCCCUGACGAGGCUAGCAAACAGUAUUGAUUGGUGCGUAGUGGUUAAUAAUUCACAUCAUUUAGAAAAAGUUAAAGAUAAGAUCACCGAUAAUUAAUAGUGUAAAAUGGUAUGACUGAGAAUUUGUCAUCACUAGUGCUGAUGCACUUCUGCUUAAUUUUUAGUCUUAAUUACAAUAUUGUAUAUUGAGUUAUUAUCGUUCCCAUCCUUCGUCACGCUAUUAAAUAUGAAAGCCAUUUUUAAGCUGUUAUACAUUAAAACCACUAUCUGAAAUAAUGCAUCAGUGGUCCAGUGGUAGAACACAUACCAAACGCGCACGUAGUUCAGGGUCCGAUCCCGGGCUAACACACAUCAAAGCCUCGCUUAACCAGCAGUAAGCCGCGUUAAGAGAGAAGGUUUGGUAGGAGACUAGCAACACCCUUGCUACAGCAACUUCAAAGUUCAAGUUUGAGUCUCUAUGUUUCACCCUGAAAUAAUAGAGAUUUGCAACUCAGGCGGAAGAUUUUGAUGUGGUUUUGUUCCUGAUAUGAAGUCUAUUCUGUACUGUGAGUGUUGCUCAGAAAGACAAUGAAAGCUUCACAAAUAAACAAAUCACUCGAGUCACACAACAAACAAAUCAAAAUACCACUAUCUAUAUUGGGACAACUGUGACUUAGAUUUACACCAAUUAGUUCGUCCCCAUGAUUCUACUAUCACAGAUACCACUGAAGUUGAAACUAAGUUGAAUGUCUAAUCUUCCCAUAUCGCUUCAGUUUCUAGAAAGAUACUCCGCUUAACGUUCUAUGUUAGGAAAUUAAGACAAUCUGGUAUCACUUCAUCUCUACAGUCAUAGUUUGUUAAUUCUUGUAUCCUACUUAUUCGUCUUUAUUGUUCCCCCAGCACUUAAUUUGCCUUAGGUUACUAAAGAAAGACUUUGAUUCACUGAGGGCACAAAAAGCUAUCAGUAGGACAAUUCAGGUGUCGUCAAAUCAGCUUGUUACUACUGUUGUUAGUAAUAUCUCGUCGGACCGUAAGUAUCCUCUCUAUACACAACUCAACUAUACGAGACUAUGAUUGAACGACCAGGUAUAAAAUCUCUACGAUACUUUAUUUGGCACAUACUGUAUGUAAUGAGAAAAGUGUAAACCGUGACACUACCAACUUACUAAGAAACACUAAGUCAAUGACCCUUUUAUUAUCCUUCCUUUCAUUAUUUAUUCUACUGUGAUCAAUAUUUUCACUCAAAUUAUAAAACCGAUAGCCAUAUUCCUAUGGAAAAAUAUUAACAAUGCAGAUGCACUGUUCAAUUAUUUCCUCCUGUAUUAUGUAAUGAGAAAACUAGAUGUGAUAUUGUAUUACACGAUGAAAACUCCAUAACGCAUCGAAAGUUCCAUUUGAGAGAAAGCCAUUAUUUGAAUAAGGCAUUUAGAAGACAAAUUUCACGAGAUAUUAUCUUCAGUUCGUAGUUUCUUUACAACCGCUUUACAACUAACAUGGUUAACAAUAAUAAAAUAAAGCUCAUGACAAUUACUCAGUUAUAUAAAAAAGUACAUACUAAUGACCAAAUCAUAUUUAAAUAGGUCAAGCAGUCCAUGGCAGGCGGAGGUUGAAGUCUACUGUUUUUUUUGUACACACAGUUUAGGCUGUAUGUGAUUAAUCCCCCGAAGUGCUUCCAUCACCUUCAGUAACCUUGAAUUAGAGUUAUGUGUUGAAAUAAUUGUGAAACAGUCAUUAAUAUUGAUUUCGUGCUUUGCAAUGGGUGAUGUUGGAUUUCUAUUCAGAUUAAUUGCAUUGAGAUUUUCUAUAUGUUUUAAUAACCAUUUUGGAAGAUGUUCUUUUCGACGACAUUGGAAUUUUCUAUUGGUUCUACGUAUAUAGGUGUCCCCGCAACUGCAAGGUGAAGUUGUAGAUACAGUUUGAAGUAGAGUCAAGAGAAUUUCCUCCUUUAAUCGUAAGUACACCAAUUGAUAAUGUUCGGCGUGUGAGAGAAAAAGAUGCAGUGUAAAAUGUGUGUUUGAUAGCUGACCGAGGUCUUUGAGCUGUCAACUGCAUAAUCUGGUCACCCUUGAAUGGUAGGUUAAUAAAGAUAGCUUUCUUCGGUACAGAAGCUAUUUUUUCUAGAUGUGAUCUAUCCUUACUGUGACAACUGACAAAGUUGUAAAGAAACUGCGAAAUGAUAUCAUCUCGCGAAAUUUAUCUUCUAAAUGCCUUAUUCAAAUUUAUCAAAGCCAUUAUUAUUAUUACACUAUUUCGACAGGCACUUGGACUCGUGUGAAAAAUGGGCUAAGUCCAUUUUAUCUAACUCACACCACCCUCUUCAUUCACAACUCUCCCCUUGUAUCUCAUUAGGCAAAACCAGGAGCCUAUAUAGAAAACUAUAUGCUCGCACCAGCAAGUACAAAAACUCAACCAUACCCUACUUGCCUCGUGUUCUGUGCGAUAAAGAAAGCAUUAGGCGUGAAACUCAUAACUUACUAAAUAGUCAGUAAAACAAGUGGAUCUCGACUUUCCAACUCAUAUCAUUUAUAGGUACGUUUUUCUUUCUUUCCUUUCCUUUUCUCCCUCUCUUUUUGUGUUGUUAUGUGCUGCUUUGUUUCUCUCUUCAUUGCGAACUCUAUUUAAAACAUUCUUCUUCGUUCUUUCACACUGUGUAUAUUUCAACCUUUUUGUUACCGCUUACGUCAGUAAAUGUGCUAGCAUCUACUCUGUUCAAUUUUGGCUUUGCUACCGACAUGCUAAUAUAUUGUUAUCAAAACUAACUGAGAUUACCCUUAACCUAUGUAGAAUUUUAUUUAUUGUUAAUAUACAAACUGGAUGCGCAAUACUGUAGUGAAAUGCUGAAAAUUCCAUUCUGUAUCACAAGUACUGUUUUGGAAUAAAGCAAAUUAUUAUUCAUAUGAAAUGUGAUCAAGAUUUGACCGGAUAGUUGCCAACAACAUCCUAGCGUAUGGAGAAUAGCAUUCAUCCGCAUACUAGGAAAGGAAAUCAAGAGACAUUUCAGGAGUAUAUACUUGAGUACUAAUCAGUUAUUUAAGUGUAUAUAAAUAUAUAUAUAUAACAAGCACUUUUUUUCUGGUAUGUCAAUUUAUUGAAUAACACGCUGCAAUGAUGACAUGAUUUUGCGUAUAUUUUCAGAAACCAAACAGCACUACACAAAGCUGCAGCAACUCGUCGAAGAAGUAUAUGUGAAAAUCUUAUCAGCGCUGGAGCUUGUCCAACUAUAGCUGAUAUUCACGGGAAACAACCGAGUAGUUUAGCACUUGAAGCCAAUGACCCACAAUUAGCUACAUAUCUAAGAAGAGAAGAAAUACUCUUUCUUAUCGCGAAUAGUAGUCAAAAGAUUGAAGUAUGAAAAAUGGAUGGUUACACCCCAAUUUAGUGUGGUAUAUACUACUUAAUCAUAAAAAUGCCUGAAACAAUUCCUGUGAUACUUAUUUAGACUGAAGAAAAAAUCACAUUUUGUCACUGAAGUUUUGUUUUUGUACUACACAAAUUUACUUACUUAAUAUAAUAUAUAUACAUACUGAUAGAUAUAUUGAUUUGUUAACUUUUCAUAGCUGCGUCACGCACACAAACACACACACACACAAGAUAGACCAC